UACCACGCUAAACCCCUCCAAAACCCUAUAAAUACCUUGGAAACCCACAAACAUAGAGCAUCCAAUAACGAUCUCAUUCUGCAACAAUGGAGAUGAAGAGAGCAAUAUGCUUCUGCUUUUUGUUGGCUCUUUUCCUCGCUCUUUCUUCAUUACAAACUGCAGCAACAGAAGCUGUAGGUUACGCCCCAACGGUGGCCCCAGCGGUCGCCCCUGCACCAAAACUAUCAGGAAAAGAGUGUGGUGAUAAAUGCGAGGUGAGGUGCAAGAAUAAUCGUGGGUACCACAAAAUGUGCUUAAAAAUGUGCAACGUUUGCUGUCAAUCCUGCAACUGUGUUCCCAGCGGGCAGGCUGGUAAUAAGGAUGAAUGCCCAUGUUACAGAGACAGGAAGAACAACAAAGGCAAAUCCAAGUGCCCAUGAAUCAAACUUGGUGCAGCUGUUUCUUUUGGCUUAGUGUUGUUAUGGAAGGAGGUGAAAUAAAUGUGGGUCUGUAAUCAGUCAGGCGUUUCUGAGGGGAUCCAUAUGCAUUGUCUGCCACCAAACAGACACUUUCAAGGGCUGAUUUGAUUUUAUCUUUAUUUUUUGGGUUUGUAGCCUGCGCUCUUUGUUGCAGACAUCUUAAUGGAAGUUACGGAUGGGAAACACAAAAAAAAUUAUAUGUUUAUAAUAAUAAAUAAGAAUAUCUUUCGAUUUGAA